GGUGAAGGUCGUUUGCGGCACCAAGAUGGCAGCUCGUUUGACAUUGUCGCGAUUUAUUUUACAGAAUUUUAAUAAACCCAUUCGAUGUGUUCAGAGGACAGCGCCACUGAGAAAAUAUGCCGUGGUAGCCGGUACCACCGAACACACACUGGCUGUCAGAGACCGCAUAGCUGACAAAAGAAAAAGAGCACUGCUUGGAGGGGGUCAGAAAAGAAUUGAAAAACAACAUCAAAAGGGUAAACUAACAGCCAGAGAAAGAAUCCAGUUAUUGGUAGAUGCAGAUUCAUUUGUUGAAUAUGAUAUGUUUAUGGAACAUGACUGUACUGAUUUUGGUAUGGAAAAGGAAAAGUAUCCUGGUGAUAGUGUAGUGACUGGUAGAGGUAAAAUAAAUGGAAGAUUAGUUUUUGUUUUUAGUCAGGAUUUUACCGUAUUUGGAGGAAGUUUAUCUGGAGCUCACGCUAAGAAAGUAUGUAAGAUUAUGGAUCAAGCUAUGCUAGUUGGUGCUCCUGUGAUUGGAUUAAAUGAUUCUGGUGGCGCCAGAAUACAGGAGGGUGUGCAAUCUCUUGCAGGAUAUGCAGAUAUAUUUCAGAGAAAUGUUGAAGCAUCUGGGGUAAUACCACAAAUAUCUUUAAUUAUGGGACCAUGUGCAGGUGGAGCUGUUUAUUCUCCAGCUCUAACAGAUUUUACGUUUAUGGUUAAGGAUACAUCAUAUCUGUUUAUUACCGGACCUGAUGUCGUCAAGUCUGUAACUAAUGAAGAUGUAACACAAGAAGAAUUAGGAGGAGCCAAAACUCAUACAACAGUUUCAGGCGUUGCUCACAAUGCAUUUGAUAAUGAUGUUGAUGCUUUGCUACAACUCAGAGAAUUUUAUAACUUUCUGCCAUUAAGUAAUAAGGAGCCUGCUCCAUUGAGAAAAUGUACAGAUAGAUGGGAUCGUUUAGUUUCAGGUUUAGAUUCUGUUGUACCGUUAGAAACCACAUCAGCUUAUGAUAUCAAAGAUGUUGUUAAUGGUAUUGUUGAUGAGGAAGAUUUUUUUGAAGUAAUGCCAGAUUAUGCUAAGAAUAUUGUGGUAGGAUUUGCUAGAAUGAAUGGUAGAAGUGUUGGUAUUGUUGGUAAUCAACCUAAAGUUGCUGCAGGUUGUUUAGAUAUAAAUGCAUCUGUUAAAGGGGCCAGAUUUGUACGAUUCUGUGAUGCUUUUAAUAUUCCUAUUAUAACGUUUGUUGAUGUACCAGGCUUUCUUCCAGGAACACAUCAAGAAUAUGGUGGUAUUAUUAGACAUGGUGCCAAGUUAUUAUACGCCUAUGCUGAAGCUACAGUACCUAAGAUAACCAUUAUAACCAGAAAGGCGUAUGGAGGUGCGUACGAUGUGAUGAGCUCUAAACAUUUACGUGGUGAUAUAAACUACGCCUGGCCAACAGCAGAAGUAGCUGUGAUGGGUGCAAAGGGAGCUGUAUCUAUUAUUUUCCGUGGAGGUAAAAAUCAAGAACAACAAGAAAAAGAAUAUGUUGAAACAUUUGCCAACCCUUUCCCUGCUACUAAUAGAGGUUUUGUAGAUGAUAUAAUAGAACCAAAUACAACCAGAAAACGAAUUUGUCAAGAUUUGGAAAUUUUAGCAAAUAAAGUUCUCGAAAAUCCGUGGAAAAAACAUGCUAAUAUGCCAUUAUAACCAGACAAUUUCUUAAUAAGAAAUCUGCAUUUCUUUCAAAAGUGCUGUUAAGUUUAUUUUUGGAUUACAGAGAGAAAGAACUCUAGUGAACUCUCAUUCUGAUCAUGUCUAAAUGUAAAUUGUAUAAUGAAACUCCUACUCCGACGGUGGUAGCACAGCGGGAUUAACUCAAUAAGGUUUCAUGUGGCCUGUGGCUAUAAAUCCAGUUGAUCACUAGUGGGAGUAAAAUAAAAUAAAAAAAAAAUAAAAAAUAGCAGUUUCUGUGAAAAUAUUAUUAUUAUUUGUUCAAUAUUUUUUUUUCCAUAAUGUAAAAGUAUGGUACUAAGAAGAAUUUAAAAGUUAAUGGUGUCUCAUUUAAAAUGUGUUGUAGAUUCAUUAUGAAGUAUUAAUUCAACACGUUUUACCUCCAGACAGUUUCAGUCUUUAUUAUGUGUGAUGUUGAUUAUUAGAUAUAUAUUGUGAUUAUUUCGUAAAAUAAGUGGUGCAAGUUUUCAUUCUUCACGAAUGAAAUCACAAAGUAUCCUGGGCCAUUAUUCACGAAAACUUAAAAAACAAACAUUAGUGUUCUCCAGGCACUUUAUUUACUGAAACUGGGAAAUAUUUAAAAUCCAGGGCCCUGUUUCUCGAAAUCUUAACUAAAGAUAAAAUCCCAAUUUUAGUAGAUACUUCAAUUUUGAUUGGCUAAGCACUAAAAUCAAUCUAAUAAUAUUAUCCAAUCAAAUUACUAUAAUUUGGAUUUUAUUUCAGUUAAAAUUUCGUGAUACAGGCUCCUGGUUCAACUUUUAGCCCUUAGCCAAUGAAAACUCUGAAUUUAAAAUAUUGAAUAAUUGCAAUGGAGUUUAAAGUCUUACUGACCAAAUAAAAAUGGGCAUAUGCCAUGAGGGAAAUUUUACCCAGAUAGUAAUAGGAAUAAAACUGUCAAGGGUUCUUUUAUGUUCGGGGGACCAUCUUGUUUUUUUCUGUAUCAUCUGAAGGACUAGGUGCUGUUCCUUGUCAGGCUGUCAGGCCCUCGCGCCCAGGAUACUUUGUGGUAUAAUAAAUAAUUUGUUCCACUGCUCACUAGUCAAUCUGAUUAUAAUACAGAUCUAUAUUUCGUUUCGUUUUUUUAUACUUUCGAUGGCCUACACUACAUGAAGAUCUGACCGGUUGUAGUGAUAGGUCACGUCAGGGGUCAAAAGACCGACUUAUGACCCUAUUAUAUCAGACAUUUGAUUAACCAAUCAGCAUUUAUGUUACUAGUGGAUUACCCACAGUUCAGUGCAAAACACGCCUAAAGCUCGCCGCGACAGACCGUUUCAUUGGAUUAUGCCUGACACCGUUCAGAACACGAGUUAAAUAACAACUCUUCCAGAUCCAAGUGUAGUAAAGACAAGUAAAACGAAACGAAAUAGGAUCUGUGUUUUGACCAGAUUGCUCACUAGUGGACAUGGGUUAUAAUAUAUAGGCAAUGUUUUAUAUGGCAUUAUAUACGUGCAUGAAGCAUUUUAUGUAAUUACAUGUAUCAUCAAUGUUGAAGUUCUUGCCACUUAUAGAAUUAGAUUUGUUAUGAUUGUGUAGUUAUAGAUUAACGUUUUUAUACCUGUGACACAGUAUGAGAUUAUGUAAUAGACAUCCAAGUAUACCUAUAUAAAUAUUUAAUAUGUUUAUACGCCCAUAUUUUCAUGUGGACAAAUAUUUUUGUCGCUCCUGUCCGUCAGUCCCGAAAUGACCUAGUUUGUGUCGAGUGGAUGUUAAACCCCAUUUCUUUCUUUCUUUCUGUCCGUCCACAUUUUGUUUAUGGAUACUCCACAGUUCACAAUUUUUAUCCGAUUUUGACAAAACUUGAAAUAUAGGUUUAUACCCAAAAGAUCUUGGUUGAUUUCAGUAUUGGCAUGUAGCAGACCAUAACUGGAUUAUGGCCCAUGAUUGUACACAAAAAUCAUGUUUUUAGCUUGUGAAACCUCUAUAGGUCACAAUUUUUAUCGGAUUUUGAUGAAACCUUAAAUGUUUGUUAAUUACCUACUGAACUCAGUUCCUUUUGAUAAUGGUGCAUAUCAGACCAAAGGUGCCUGGGAAAAUGGCCACUCCCUGUAUGCAAAUAGUUUAAAAGCAUGUAAUACAUUGGUUGUGGACCCUCCAGAGGUCACAGUUUUUAUCCAAUUCUGAUUUAACUUAAAAUAAAACCUUUUAUCCCAAAGUUCUUGGUUCCUUUCAAUGUUAUCGCUUAUCAGAUUGUAACUUCCUGGAUUAUGUCCCCUGUUCUUUGUCUAUCUCUUGCCAAAUGUGGCGUAUCUUGCAUGGCAACUGUUUGUUGAGUUUGCGCUUAUUUGGAUUUAAUCCCCUGACCUACAGCAGUCCAGUGCUCUACCAAAUGAGCUACAUUAUUAACCUCAUCCAUAAAAAGUAUAGCUCCGUUUACUCUAAAAUAACCAGUCUCGUAACCAUGCCAGGCACGCUUCUGUUUGACCCGUUUACACUAUAAAACAAUUAUCCGUGACAUGCCUGGCUCUCUUGAAAUUUGUAACAUAAACGGGGUUGAUGAUUCAAUAGCCUAGGUCAUUUGUUGGUUAAUUUCCAGACUGGGCUGCUACAAAUAACGAUCUAGCAGAUUAUUAAACAAGAAAAAAAUUGGAUGGGUUUUUUUUGCGAAUAAUUUAUGAGCAGUAUGUUUAUAUGUACAGAAAAUGUUAUAAAAAUGGAAGAAUAUAAACAUUUAUACAAAAUUUAAA